ACGGAAAAGAGAGACAAGAGUUCAGAAAAGGAGAAGUGAGAACCAAUGGCUGGUGGUCCAUAUGACGGGCAGAUCUACUUCGACGUCAGGCCGCAGUACCCAAGCGAGUGGUACUCGAUGCUAUCCGCCUUGACUCCUCGCCGAGCCUUGGCCUGGGACGUCGGCACUGGAAAUGGCCAAGCCGCCGUUGGGAUCGCAGAGCACUAUGAUAGUGUGAUUGCAACGGACAUCAGCGAGGGCCAACUUGAGCACGGGAUCCCGCACCCUCAGAUCCGGUACCUUCACACACCAGACUCACUCUCCGAAGAAGAACUCGUUGCCAUGGUUGGUGGAGAGAACUCAGUCGACCUGGUGGUCGUGGCCACAGCAAUCCACUGGUUCGAUAUCCCAAAGUUCUACUCCGUGGUGAACCGAGUCCUGCGGAAGCCUGGAGGGUUAAUUGCCAUAUGGGGAUACAGCGACAUCAUAGGAGUAAACCCGGAAUUGGAUGCCCUUCAGAUCCGAUACCGUGAGUCCGCGAUGCCAUACUGGAGGCCGGGAGUGAAGUACAUAUUCGAGGAGUAUAGGAAUCUUCCCUUCCCAUUCAAGAGUGUCGGGUUGGGCGAAGAGGGACAGCCUCUGAAGCUGAGCAUGAAAAGAGAGAUGAAUUUCGAAAGGUUCCUGGACGUGAUGAGGAGUUCAUCGGCAGUUGGUGCGGCUAAAGAGAAGGGCGUGAACUUACUGACCGAGGAAGUUGUCCAAGAGUUCAAGAAAGCUUGGGGUGCGCCAGCGCCCGAUAUGGUCAGAGCUGUUACCUACAAUGUGUUUAUGAUUGCAGGGAAACUGAAAGAAUGAUUGUUUGGAUUCAGUCUGCAACUUCUAGUAGACAUAAUGUAAUUUGGCCAUCAAUCUUUACACGCUUCAAUAAUGGCAUGUAUCAUCUCGUCCCCAUGUUUGAUGAAAGAUGAAAGAUGAAAGAUAUGUUAAGAGCAUAGACUUUGAUUC